CAAUGAAAAAAUAAAUUAAAAAGUUAUCGCAUUCGCAGGUAUUCUUAAAUCGCUAAUCCCCUAGGUAGAAACAUCGCUAGAAAGUAUAUAACACCUGCAUCUGUCCACGUCAGUGUACACGAUUCCUGUAACAUAACCUGAAAUUUCUGAUCCGGUGUACAGUCUUGCCAAUGAUCGAGAUAUUGGCUUCUAUGUCAGUUUUUGUAUAUGUACAUCUUCAAUUGUAAACAAGAAAAUAUUAUAUGUAACUACAUGUGUGAAUACUACAUUGUUCAUAGGAUAAUAUUACAAAAUGAAUUGGACUUUGUGGCUGUUUAUAAUUGGAUCCUUUGGCUGUAAUUAUGUACAUGCUCAAGUUCAAAGGGUUCCACCAGGUGUAUCUCCUCAACAUUAUCAACAACAUGCUCAACAAGUACAUCAAAUGCCACAACAAAUGCCACAACAACAGUUCCAGCAACCUCAAGUACCUAUGCAUCAGGUUCCUGUUCAACAAGUACCCGUACAACAACAUAUGCCAACUCAGCAAGGACACGGUGUACCAGUUCAACAAGGACACGCUCACGACCAACCACAGCAAAUUCUUAAUGCUGCCAAUAUAGUUCAUGAAAAGGCUCAUAUUGCAGAGCACAUGGAAGUUCCAAUAGAUACUAGUAAAAUGACAGAGCAGGAAUUGCAGUUCCAUUAUUUUAAGAUGCACGACGCAGAUAACAAUAAUAAAUUAGAUGGUUGUGAACUUAUAAAAUCCUUGAUUCAUUGGCAUGUAGAGCAAGGUAGCAAAGAUGUAGGAGGUCCCAAUGCUGGAGAAAAAAUGUUUAAGGAUGAGGAAUUGGUUACAUUGAUAGAUCCAAUAUUUUCUAUGGACGACAGCAACAAUGAUGGGUACAUUGAUUAUCCUGAAUUUAUACGAGCACAGAAAGCAGCUGCUGCGAGUCGUCAAUAGCUGCAUACAAUAGAGUAACAUUAAGUAUAAUUGAACAAUAUUUUUACUUCAUUUUGAACAAACCUACAGUUACAUUUGUAAACAUCUCAUAGUUUCCACUUGUUACAAUAUAAGUAAUGGUAGAGACUAUUACUUGGCAUAGAAUUGCAAUUCUUUUUGUUCUGUUCAUUUUUUUCAAAUAAAAAAAAUGAAUAAAAUUUUUUUUU